CAGCUCCCCGCGGGUUUCCCAUCUAUAGACAUGGGCCCUCAGCUGAAUGUGGUGGAGCGGUCUCGCACCGCUACCAUGCUGUGUGCAGCCAGCGGGACGCCUGACCCCGAAAUCACCUGGUUUAAAGAUUUCCUGCCCAUUGACACACACACUCACGGCCGCAUCAAACAGCUGCGCUCAGGUGUGUUACAAUUGAUCAGAGUGGAAGAAACUGAUCAGGGUAAAUACGAGUGUGUCCGCGACAACAGUGAAGGAACGCGCUACUCAACACCAGCUAACCUUUACGUCAGAGUGCGGCGAAUCCCUCCUCGAUUCUCAGUGCCACCGAUGGAUUAUGAGAUCAUGCCGGGAGGAAGUGUGAACAUCACCUGUCAGGCGGUGGGGGUUCCUAUGCCAUAUGUCAAAUGGAUGCUGGGAGCCGAGGAUUUGACACCAGAAGACGACAUGCCUAUUGGGCGAAAUGUUCUGGAGCUCACCAAUGUACGCCAGUCUGCCAACUACACGUGUGUCGCCAUGUCUACACUCGGAGUUAUCGAAACUGUUGCCCAGAUCUCAGUUAAAGCUCUUCCCAAUCCUCCAGGAAGCCCAGUUGUUAUGGAGCGAUCUGCCACCAGCAUUACUCUCAUGUGGGACAGUGGAAACCCACACCCCGUUUCUUACUACAUCAUCCAGUAUCGUCCCUCCUCGUCCACCGACCCCUUCAAAGAAAUCGAUGCAAUUGCAACAACCCGCUACAGUGUUGGUGGGCUUAGUCCCUACUCCCACUACCAUUUCCGGGUGGUAGCGGUGAACUCAAUCGGUCGAGGCGCACCGAGUCAAACCGUGGACGCUCGAACGGCCGAACAGGCGCCCAGUUCCCCUCCUCGCCGGGUCAGAGGUCGAAUGCUGAGCGGAUCCACAGCCAUGGUGCAAUGGGAGGAGCCAGAGGAAGCCAACGGCCAGGUGGUUGGUUACAGGGUCUAUUACACAUCAGAUUCAUCGCUGUCUGUCAGCCAGUGGGAGAAGGAAAUGGUUCGAGGGGCCAAUUUUUUGAACAUACGAGACUUGACGCCCAAUAAAACCUAUUAUAUUAGAGUACUCGCCUUCACCGCAGUCGGAGAUGGACCUCUUUCCAGUGAUUUGCACAUCAUUGCCAAGACAGGAGUCCCGUCACAACCCACCGAGCUGAAGGCAGAGGUGAAAUCAGAGACCAGCAUCCUUCUGUCGUGGAUCCCUCCUGCUCACAGUGGCACAGAUGCCAUCACUGGCUAUGAGCUCAUUUACAGACUUGGAGACCAGCCAGAGCAGAAAAUAACAUUUGAUCCAAGCUCCAGUUAUCUGCUGAAGAAUCUGAAGCCGUUUUCCACCUACGUAUUUCAGCUAGCAGCGCGCAGUAAACAUGGCCUGGGGGCUUUUACAAGUGAAAUCACCGUUCAGACUCCACAAACACUUUUUGCUGUGAACUUCAAAGUGAAAGCUGCUAUGAAGAGUUCAGUUCUGCUGACAUGGGAGUCACGAACCACCAGUAAUAAAGCACAGUCUCUCAUGAUCUCAUAUGGUGAUGGCGAGAGUGUGGAGGUCGAUGGGCGGCUCGGGCAGAAGCUGGUGACUAAGCUGAAGCCUCAGUCUCUCUACAACUUCCUGUUAACCAGUAAAGCCGACAGCACUGGAGGCCUGCAGCACCGCACGGACGCCAUGACAGCCCCAAACUUGCUGACCAGGAAACCACAGCUCCUAGACAAGACCAGUUCCCAGAGCAUUGCCAUCCUGCAGCUGCCCACUGUACAAGGCCAGGCGAACGUCAGGGGUUUCUACAUUUUGGUCGUCCCUCUGAAAAGGCAGAGAGCAGGAAACUUCCAGAAUUUAUGGAGCGAUCCAGACGAGAUGAACAUUGAUGAGCUGCUGAGGGAGAUUAAUGGCACCGGUCGCUCUGUUCGUUUACGGAGGCAGGCGGAGGCAAAACCGUACAUCACUGCUCAUUUCCAGAAUCUUCCUGCUGAAUUCAAGCUAGGAGAUGGACAUGUGUAUGGAGCCUUCCUGAACCGACCACUGGUGAACGGACAAGAGUAUGUGUGCUUCGUGCUGGCUAUUCUCGAACUGGGCCAGAAUACUGUCUACUCCACAAGCCCAUUCUCUGAUGCGGUGUUGUUCUCUGAUGUGGAGCCACAGCCAAUCGUAGAUGAGGAAGAAGGGCUUCUGUGGGUGGUUGGACCAGUGCUGGCCGUCAUCUUCAUCAUCAGCAUCGUCAUCCUCAUCCUUCUCUUUAAAAGCAAACCAGACAGGAAGCGGGCAGAGUUGGAGGGCAGGAAGUGCAGCUUUCCCAGCAGCGGUAAAGCCAUGAGUUCCCAGCAUCCAUCUGACCCCGUGGAGCUGCGCAGAAUCAACUUCCCAACGGCUGGCAUGACCAGCCACCCGCCAGUGUCCGUCUCUGAACUGCCCGCUCACAUAGAGAGGAUGAAGGCCAAUGACAGCCUGAGGUUCUCUCAAGAGUAUGAGUCUAUUGAUCCAGGGCAGCAGUUCUCCUGGGAACACUCUAACCUUGAGAUUAACAAGCCAAAGAACAGAUAUGCCAACGUCAUCGCCUACGACCACACCAGAGUCGCCCUCACCAACAAUGAUAGUGUUGCUGGUGGUGACUACAUCAAUGCCAACUUCAUAGAUGGCUACCGCAGACAGGGUGCAUACAUCGCCACCCAGGGGCCCAUGCCAGACACGUUUAGUGACUUCUGGAGAAUGGUCUGGGAACAACACACAGCGAAUGUCAUCAUGAUCACCAAACUUGAAGAGAAAUCGAGGAAUAAGUGUGAUCAGUAUUGGCCCAGCAGAGGCACGGAAACAUACGGACUGAUGCAGGUCUCUCUACUGGACACGGUGGAGCUUGCAACCUACUGCGUCAGGACGUUUGCCCUCUUUAAGAGUGGGAGUGGUGAGAAGCGGGAGGUCCGUCAGUUCCAGUUUACAGCAUGGCCAGAUCAGGGGGUACCUGAACACCCCACUCCCUUCUUGGCCUUCCUCAGACGGGUCAAAGCCUGCAACCCCCCAGAUGCUGGACCCAUUGUGGUCCACUGCAGUGCCGGUGUGGGCCGGACAGGCUGCUUCAUUGUGAUUGAUGCCAUGCUGGAGCGAGUAAAGCAGGAGAAGACGUUAGAUAUUUACGGUCACGUGACUCUAAUGCGCUCUCAGCGAAACUACAUGGUGCAGACAGAGGAGCAGUACGUCUUUAUUUAUGAGGCGCUGCUGGAGGCCGUUUCCUGCGGCAACACUGAAGUUCCGGCCCGGAACCUGUACGCAUACAUCCAGAGACUGUCACAGACGGAGCCACCGGAGCACAUCAGCGGAAUGGAGCAGGAGUUUAAACGGUUAGCUAAUGCCAAAGCGCAUAACUCCAGAUUCGUCAGCGCCAGCCUUCCAUGCAAUAAGUUCAAGAACCGGUUGGUGAACAUCAUGCCAUAUGAGAGCACACGCGUGUGCCUGCAGCCAAUCAGAGGAGUGGAGGGAUCGGACUACGUCAACGGCAGUUUUAUAGACGGCUACAGGCAACAGAGGGCGUAUAUCGCAACUCAGGGGCCGCUGGCAGAGACAGUUGAAGAUUACUGGAGGAUGCUUUGGGAACACAAUUCUACUAUAGUAGUUAUGCUUACUAAACUCAGAGAAAUGGGAAGGGAGAAAUGUCAUCAGUACUGGCCGUCUGACCGAUCAGCCCGAUAUCAGUACUUUGUGGUGGAUCCCAUGGCGGAAUACAACAUGCCUCAGUAUAUACUCCGAGAGUUUAAAGUCACAGACGCCAGGGAUGGACAAUCCAGAACAGUCCGGCAGUUUCAGUUCACGGAUUGGCCAGAGCAGGGUGUGCCAAAAUCUGGUGAAGGCUUCAUUGAUUUCAUUGGUCAAGUGCACAAAACGAAAGAACAGUUCGGUCAGGAUGGGCCAAUCACAGUACACUGCAGUGCUGGCGUUGGAAGGACAGGUGUAUUUAUCACUCUCAGUAUAGUGUUGGAGAGGAUGCGUUACGAGGGAGUUGUCGAUAUCUUCCAGACUGUCAAAAUGUUGCGAACUCAAAGACCAGCCAUGGUGCAGACAGAGGAGCAGUACCAGUUCUGCUAUCGAGCAGGGCUGGAAUAUCUGGGCAGUUUUGAUCACUAUGCAACAUAAAACCUUUCCCCCUGGACCAAGAGCCACCUCAUCAUCGUCAUCACCACCACCACCACCACAACAUCACAGCGAGACCUGCGUCUGAUCAAUCCGACAGCUUCUUUCUGCUGCUCAAGAGUCUGUUUGAUUCCUCCAGACAGCACACAGUUUAACAGUCAGCCAGAGAGGUCAGCUGCGAUACUGCGUUGUCGUCACAAAUUGCUGCUGCAGUCAUAGAACUUGAAGUUGUCAAGUCAUAUUGGGACUGGAGGAAACCGGUAUGUGCUGUCUGGACCGAUUCAAUAGACCAGUGAGACUCCGAAAGCAUUAGAAGAGACAACAAUCAAACAGUUGAAUGCUACUUUAUACUUGUCCAAAUUUAUUUACCACCAGACCCCCCAACAAAAAAAAAAAAACAACAGUCGUGUUUAUAACUGGAAGCAGUACGAGUGUAGAGUUGCCACUGUUUUUAGUCACAAGUUGGUAUAACGGAUCCACCAACUCACUUGUUUAAGUGAUUCGUACAAAAUGAAAUUCAACAACACACCCUAAGUAUUGGUGCUUAUGCCAGUUUCCUGUUCGUUUAUCUGUAGCGCACACACAAACACACACACACACACAACGGUAGAUACAUACGUACAAAUCUAUCACAGAUUUAAGAUGAGAAAAAAAUAACAAGUUAAAAUGGAGAUUUGUCUCAAAAGCUGUGCAAUAUUGAACGUGAUUAUUGAACGCACCUUCGAGUUUUAAGACACUCAAGUAUUAGAGAUAUUCUCACUGUAAUUAUAUUGUCUCAUUAAUCCUAUAUAAUAUAAAGUAUAAAUAAAGUGUUAUUACGCAUAUUGGCACAUAUAAAUAUACAUAUAUAUAUAUCUAAAGAGUCAACGUAUUAAGUGAUAUUUAUACUAUGUGAGUGAGGUACUUGUCAGUUGCACAUAUGUUAAGAAAAGUACUGAUUGCAGUAAAACAGAUUUUAUUUUCACUACUGUUGACCAAAACAUCUACUUUAGAGGUUUUGUUGGACGUUUGAAGGCUGAAUGGCACCAGACUCGCUAAAACAGAAGGUUGACGUGUUCAGAAACAAUAACAUAAUGGAUCAUUCGACACUGGUAGUGCCUUAUCAUAGUCACAUGUUUAAAAUGGUUCGCUAUUAAAGUUAUACGUUUCACAUUUAUGGAUAUGAAUCUGCUUUUAUGUACUAAAUAAGUAAAUACUAGUUAUUUCCGCCAGAGUGAAUUUUACUAUAUAUUUCACACCAAGCACCAAGGCGGUUUGUUCGUUCAAGUGAAGUACUGCCAAGACGACUAGACAAUUAUAAUAUGGAAAGCCAAUACGUGUCUAUUUUGAGAGGACACACGUUUAUUGUAUCUAUAAUGGGCCAAGAGAUCUCCAUAUUCCAUUGCAUGUGUACUGAAUAUCAUAGUAUCAAUUAUUUGUAUUUGAAAAUCAGUAUUGAAACAAGACAUAGUUUUACGUUUCAGUCCAUAAUGCUGCAGGAAACGCUCAUUUCUGAAUGUUAUUGUUUAUUUUUGUUAAUAGUAUCUCACGGAAAUUAGUAAUGUUUUCAUUUAGUGGCUAAUUCAUAGUAAUUUGUACUUUCUCAUUCAUACAGUUAAGUGCGAUUUGCUCAUCCCCCAAUCCGGAGUUGACCUGCUUCUAAAAAUCGUACGUUUUGAUAUGAAUGAAAUCGGAUUAUCCAACAUGAUCUCACGACAAUUCGUAACUUAUUGAUUAAUGGCUUAUUCGUAUGAUCUUAUUUAUACAGUUUAGUACAUUUUGCUUAUCCCCCAAUGUUUAGGGGUGGGGUUGGGUGCCAUGCCUCCUUUUUAAAAUCGUACAUUUGGGACACGUGUUUAUUGUAUCUAUAAUGGGCCAAGAGAUCUCCAUAUUCCAUUACUUGUGUACUGAAUAUCAUAGAUUCAAUUAUUUGUAUUGAAAAUCAGUAUUGAAACAAGACAUAGUUUUGCGUUUCAGUCCAUAAUGCUGCAGUAAACGCUCAUUUCUGAAUGUUAAUGUCUGUAUUUUUGUUAAUAGUAUCUCAUUGUCAAAGAGACAAUGUUUUUUUUUCCCCCCAAUCUCAAGGCAAUUCAUAAAGUUUUCAUUUAGUGGCUAAUUCGUAUUAAUUUGUACGUUCUCAUUCGUACAUUUUAGUGCAAUUUGCUCAUACCCCAAAGUGUGGUUGACCUACUUUUAAAAAUUGAACGUUUUCAUAUGAAUGGUCUCACGACAAUUCGUAAAUUAUUGAUUUAGUGGCUAUUUUGUACGAUCUUUUUCGUACAGUUUAGUAAGUUUGCUUAUCCCCUAAUGUUUAGGGGUGGGGUGGGGUUUGGUGCCAUGCUUUCUUUUUAAAAUCGUACAUUUGGGACACACGUUUAUUGUAUCUAUAAUGGGCCAAGAGAUCUCCAUAUUCCAUUCCAUGUGUACUGAAUAUCAUAGUAUCAAUUAUUUGUAUUUGAAAAUCAGUAUUGAAACAAGACAUAGUUUUACGUUUCAGUCCAUAAUGCUGCAGGAAACGCUCAUUUCUGAAUGUUAUUGUCUAUUUUUGUUAAUAGUAUCGCAUUGUUUAAGAGGCGAUGUGAUGUAAAAAAAAAAAAAAAUCUCACGGCAAUUCAUAAUGUUUUUAUGUAGUGGAUAAUUCAUUUAUUUAAGUGCGAUUUGCUCAUUUCCCCAAAAUGCUUUUAAAAAUUGUACGUUUUCAUAUGAAUAAAAUUGGAUUAUUCAACAUGAUCUCACAGCAAUUCGUAACUUAUUGAAUUAGUGGCUAAUUCAUGUGAAUUCGUACAAUCUCGUUCGUACAGUUUAGUAUGUUCUGCUCAUUCCCCAAUGACUGUUGGGUUUAGGGGCAGGGUUGGGUGCCAUGCCUCCUUUUUAAAAUUUUACAUUUUCGAACAUUGGAACUUGUACGAAUUAGUAGGGAUGGCUGAUGUAAAACUGAUGUUUCGACAUAGUGUCAAGAUCCCGAAGCACAAGUGUUUCGAAACACUGCACGAAACGAAGCAUGAUCUGAAACACCCAGGUCACGUGACUAAGGUGAUUCGAAACACACAGGUCUCGUGACUAAAGUGUUUCGAAACACCUGGUCAUGUGACUAAAGCGAUUCAAAGCAUGGAUCAUUUUAGAAGCGUUUUGAGACCUGGCGAAUCUGCAUUUGACUGACAGGGUCAGGAUAAAACUCUGUCUCAUAUAGCCUAGUGGACCGUCCAUGUGCACAUAUUUACUGUACUGUAAAUGGCUAUUGGGUUCGAAUCUCGACUUGUAUAAAUACUCCGAAAUUAUAAUUUUAUGUUUUUUAAUAAUGGUGGUUUUUUAAUAAUGAAGGUGUAGUCUACAUAGAAUACAGCUGCAGAUACGCCAUCGAUAUAGCAUCAUUUUUGUUACACUGUAUAUCAAUAAUUCAUAUUUUUGCAUUACUGUGAUGGUUGGGUUUAGGGUUGGGGUAGACGUUAAUAAAAUACAAUAAAUGGGAAAUUUAUUGAAUAAUCCUUGUUAACUUCCGGCUACAACUAUAUCUGAUCUAGCAACAAAACUGUUUUAUGACCAAAACAAGACAUUAAUUCACAAAUUUCAUUCGGAUGUCAGACCAAUGUUAAAACAAAACACGUUACAAGAACAGAGCAUUUCAAACCUAUCAGCUAUAGCUGCAUCACCCUGGGUUCGAACCCAUUAUCGCUACGACACAUUUGCUACAACUGUUUCAGUGUUUCAUGAAGCCUCACUUUGCCCACCACUACGAAUUAGCCACUAAACUAACAAAUGUAAAAUAGUUGCGUUUCCUCGUGAGAUCAGAUGUUUUUUUUCAAACAUUUGAAAGGGGGGAUUUCAAAAAGCUUGUUGCUUAAAACUAACGAAAGUUAAAACUUCAAAAGUUUCAUCGUAAGUUUGAUCCAUAAAUUGAUUCCUAAACGCAUAAAAAAAACAAGACCUAGCGUUUAGAAAUAAAAAUGGCCCAUGUACGGUAUUUGACAGUCUGGUUUGUGGUUUGGAAAUGGCUGCACUCUUGUUCUAUGCACUAACCCUUACACUUUCUUCAACAGAAUGUUCUUUGUAAUGAAUGAGAAUUUCACAGUGUCGCUCACAAGUGUGUGCAUGUUAAGACAAAAAACAAAAAGUCUUGGUUUCAAAGCUUAAGACAGUUUGCGCAUAAUGUUAUUGUUGUACUUUAGAUGACAGGGUGGUCUAAUAUGAGUGGGUUUUCCUUCUAGUCCAGUGCUAAUAGUCAUCAUUUAGAGUAAUUCCUGAGGAGUCUGGUCACCGAGAACUUUCAGCUCAUUUCACUUUCGGUGGAAGGAAAUGUUUCGAUUUCUUUGCAGCCUUUUUUUAUACCCAGAGUUGAGUUGGUUGUAUUUGAGAUUCUAACUUACAAAUCUUCGCUAUCUACCUUGUUUAUUUUAGUACCUUUACAGCGUAUUCUUAUCAGAACCAAGUUUCAGGGUUUUUCAAAUUUCAACUUUUGUUGAAAACUAGCUAUGCUUAUUUUUUCAAGAGGAUAUAAAUAUAUCAAUUAUUAGCGUUUGUUUAAUGGGACAUUCUCUGCUAAUCUCAAUGUCAGUGUUUUGAGGAAAAACACAUCUAUUUUCCAGUGCAUGACAGUCCCCAUUUGUACAAUGCGAAGGCACCGUCUGAUUUUGAUGAUUCAUGACUAUGACAUUGUUCCAUGUGAAAAAUAAACUAGCACAAUCUAUAUCAUGUAAUCUGACCAAAUAUGCAUUGUAUCACCAUUUUCAUAUUGUCAGACGUUGUGAGUGGUUUUACAAUUUCACCCAUCGAUUAAUGUGAAACACAAAAGGGAAAUCUUUUACCUCUGAUUUUGUAGUAAAUGUAAAUAUUUCAGAGGACGUUUUCUUUUUUAAUUUUCCUACUUUAUGUUGUAAGGACAGAUGUGUGAGAAUACAAUUGU